GGAGAAUGCCGAGGUGGCGAAUGCAAAACUUUCUGCGAAGCGAGGGGUCUGCAGCCUUGUAAGUGUUCAAGUGAUGAAGACGUCUGUAAAGUUUGCUGUGAAAAAGGAGGAAUUUGUAGACCCUACAGAAACAACGACACUGGUGUUACGUUCGAUAUCAACGACGGUCGGUCUUGCCAAAGAGAAGAAGUGCAGGGAUCCUGUGUGCUGGUACUGUGAUUAAGGUCCACCAUGUUAGUGGCUUACUAGCUGAUUUGUGAUUGGUUGGAGAAUAUCGCGCCUUUUCUCGACCGAUCAGAAGUAGAACCAUAACUAAUGUUGACUUAUUAGCGCGCGAUUUUCUCCGCCCAAAGUUGAGUAACAAUCCAUCCUUCUCCUGAGAAUGUACCCAUGUUAGCUCUUUCUUUUAGGUUGGUCACUGCCUCUCUCUGUUUGUCUUAGCAAACUGGAAGGAUCACGACAAAUAACACCAAGCGACCGUGCAGUGCGAGGGGUUAGGGAUAGACUGUAGGCUGGUCAGAGUGCUGUGUAAACAUUCUGCAUUUUUUUUCUUCCCAACAGCGCGCGCUCUCAUUGGUAACUUCGAGGUCACAUGACAUCCAACCAUGAAAGUGUUUCCCGCCAAAAUUCUCUGAGCGGGCAACAUUGCAAAAUCUAUGAAGUCAGAGUGUAACAGUGCACUGUUACCCGCGAAUGUUGACCAACGACCGCCAUUACAGCCAGGUUUGGUGAAUUUCCAGCUUCGCCUCUGGAAACAGAGAUUCUCGGGAAACAAAAUUAACUGUUUCCCUCGAGUCUAGUCAUUAAGUGUUUGAUAUGUAACGCAUAGCAAACCUUCUCUAAGUCCCCACAUUCUCACGCAGGUCGUUGUUUACCUCACCUAGGGUCGUUGCCGGAAAUAUGCAUCUCAAGAUGUUGCCGUGAGACUCUGGACA